AUGGAUGCAUUGCAGGACUGGGCCCUGGCGUACCCGGCCCCAGCCCGGCUGGUCUGGGUGAUUGUGCUUGUGUUGGCCACUGUGUUGGUCUGGAGCUUGUUCUUCUGCUGCUGGGGAAGCCAAAGCUCCACCUCUUCUUUGGAAAGAUACCUCUCAGCUUUGGAGAAACACUCUAAGGCAAAACACCAGAGUCAGCGGAAGAAGAAGCCAAAGGACAAGUGUGUAUCUGCAGCUCUGCUAAAUGAGGGGAUCGUCGGGGUGAUCAAACUGGCAACCCCUCUGUCCCAAGAGAAGCAGAGGAAGAAGGAGAAGGAAAGACAGGGGAAGAAGACAGAGGAAGAAGAUGUAAAGAAGGAAGAGGGAAAGGAUGAGAAGAAUGAGGAAGGGAAAAAAGAGAAGUCUUCUACAACGGUGAGAAAGAGGAGGAAUAAGAGUCACCUGAAAGUCACCAUUGCACCUGGUACCAUGACUGCAGCAUCUGCUGAGCAGGUGAGAUCAGAGGGUCUAAAGGUGGAGUAA